AUGGCACUGCUCAAAGUCAAGUUUGACCAGAAGAAACGGGUCAAGUUGGCCCAAGGGCUCUGGCUCCUGAACUGGUUCUCGGUGCUGGCGGGCAUUCUCCUCUUCAGCCUGGGCCUGUUCCUCAAGAUCGAGCUCCGGAAGAGGAGCGACGUGAUGGAUAACGCCGAGAGUCACUUUGUGCCCAACUCCUUGAUCGCCAUGGGGGCGUUGGCCUUCGCCUGCAACUCCCUGGCCGGCAAGAUCUGCUACGAUGCCCUGGACCCCGCCAAGUUCGCCCGGUGGCAGCCGUGGCUGAAGCCCUACCUGGCGGGCUGCGUCCUCUUCCACGCCGCCCUCCUCCUUGUGGCCCUCUGCUGCUUCCUGCUCCAGGGCUCGCUGGACGCCACGCUGGAGCAGGGGCUCCGGAACAGCAUGAAAUACUACCGGGACACGGACACGCCCGGCCGGUGCUUCAUGAAGAAGACGCUGGACCUGCUGCAGAUCGAGUUCAAGUGCUGCGGUAACAACGGCUUUCGGGACUGGUUCGAGAUCCAGUGGAUCAGCAACCGCUACCUGGACUUCUCCUCCAAGGAAGUCAAAGAUCGCAUCAAAAGCAACGUGGACGGGCGGUACCUGGUGGACGGGGUCCCCUUCAGCUGCUGCAACCCCAGCUCACCGCGGCCCUGCAUCCAGCAGCAGCUCACCAACAACUCGGCCCACUACAGCUACGACCACCGCACGGAGGAGCUGAACGUGUGGCUGGCGGGCUGCCGAGCCGCGCUGGGGGCUUACUACGGGGGUCUCAUGAGCGCCAUGGGCGCCGCCACUCUCUGCGUCUGGCUCCUGGAGGUGGCCAUCACGGUGGGGCUGCAGUACCUGCACACGGCGCUGGAGGGCGCUGCCGAGGACGCGGCGGCGGAGAGCGAGGGCUGGCUGCUGGCCCAGAGCCUGCCGGACACGUGGCGGGCCUUCCUGCAGGGCCUGAAGCAGCUGGGCAAGGGCAAGCAAGUGGACGCCGCGGGCGAGGACGCUGGCCCGGACCCGGAGGCCGGCUGA